AAUUUUUGUGCUAGAAACGGGCCAACAUGUAACUACAUCUUGAGACAUGUCAUACAUGGAAGAUGCAAACGAAACCGACUCAAACAACACUUCUUUAGACGCUUUUUAUUUUUUCGAGACCGAACAAUUCACCUUACUAUGGGUACUGUUCGUGAUAAUAGUUGCCGGAAACAUGGGUGUGUUAUACACGCUUCUCUUUGGCCGAUCUAGAAAAAGUCGAAUGAAUUAUUUCAUAACCCACCUUGCCCUAGCAGACCUUAGUGUGGGUUUGAUUAAUGUUUUGACAGAUAUAAUUUGGAAAACCACAGUGGCAUGGUAUGCCGGCAAUAUUGCCUGUAAAGUGAUACGUUUUCUCCAGGUAAUGGUAACAUAUGCAUCGACUUAUGUUUUGGUUGCUUUAAGUAUAGAUCGAUAUGACGCAAUUCGUCACCCCAUGAAAUUUUCAGGCAGUUGGAAACGUGCUAGAUAUCUAAUAUUAGCCGCCUGGUUCUUCAGUGCUCUGUAUUCGUUACCAAUUUUAAUCUUCUACGAAGAGAAGAUCGUAAAAGAUAAACUCCAAUGCUGGAUAGAAUUUUAUCCUCAAUGGAAAUGGCAAGUUUACAUGACACUAGUCUCGCUCUCACUCUUUAUCAUUCCUGCGUCAAUUAUUGCGACGUGUUAUGCCAUCAUCAUUAUCACCAUUUGGUCGAAAAAUGCCAAAGGCUUUAUCAAAAAUACCAAAGCAACUAAUGGCUCAGAUAAUUCUAGAAGAGCAAGUUCUAGAGGAUUGAUUCCAAGAGCCAAAGUCAAGACGAUUAAAAUCACAUUUGUUAUAGUGAGCGUUUUUAUUCUAUGUUGGAGUCCUUAUAUAAUUUUUGAUUUGUUACAAGUGUUUGGACAAAUACCAGGGACUCAGACCAAUAUAGCUAUUGCUACUUUUAUCCAAAGUUUAGCACCACUGAACUCAGCAGCUAACCCCAUCAUUUACUGCCUGUUUUCAACACAUUUCUGUCGGACUUUAGGGUCACUGCCUCCGUUUAAAUGGUUAUUUAAGAAAAAGAGAAGAAGGAACAGGGAAUCAACAACAAACACACAAAGUAGUUCAUUAUCAGAAUUUUUAACCAACACUCAUAAACGAAAAAUCGAAAAUACAUCAACAACUUUUAAUGCCCACGCAGUAUUAAUUCAUUAAAAACCAAAACGUAUUAUACACCUAAAUGUUUUUUAUUGUGACUUAUAAUAAUUGUAUCUAAGUGUUAUA